AUGGCGGAGUACUAUGGUCCCUGUGACAAUAUGAGGAAUAUGACAGGUAGUACAGCAACGCUUCUUGUUUGCCACCGUAAUGAAUGCGUAUUCAGUAUAAACCUAUUUACCUAUUCGUGAAUAAAAUGAUGUUUUUUAUGCUACAGCAGAUCUAAUUAAUGAAACACUUCCGUAUAGAUUUUGUUUCAAAAAAUGCUCUGCCAACGACACAAACUCUCCCUAAUGUUCACCACCAACUGAAUUUUGCUAACCCAACCUUGAGAAGUACAUAUGGGGGUUUAUCAAAAUUUUAUGUCCAAUUUUUAGAAUUUGUUCUGCCAAUGCCCGGUACGCUUUAUGAAUUUGUAAUCAUGUGCCAAAAAUUGUCGUUAUCCUUUGCAAAUUAAUUAACUGUUGUUGGUCAAACAAGUUGCAUAUUUGUUCCAUCGAUAAGGAGGCGAAACAAAAAUUAUUAAUUCCUUUUUUGUAAUCAUAGGCUGUCUUUUUCCGUACCGAAUUGAGAUAAUGUCAUAGAUACCCUUUCGAUAUCUAAAAAAUGUCAUUUUACAAUUGCCUGGAAUAGUUUUUUAAUGAAAAUGCCUAUUUAUUUUAGAAUCAGCCAUCGCAAUGUCUGAAGGUGAAACUUAAAAUUUAUUUACUUUAUUCCGCGUGAUACUUUUGCUAACGCCAGGACCUCUCUUUACCCAAAUGUCCAAACGUCUAUUCUUCCGCUUGUUAUCCAUCCAGGAUAUUCGGAUUACCUGAUAUGCUUUAGACAGAACCAGAAUACGGAGAAGCAUUAUUCCCAGUGAGAGGAGAGCUCAGCACAUAUUCUGCACUUGCACAGUAACCACCUCCAGAGAGGACUUCAUUCAGGCAAAACUCUCUUACAACCAAGAUAAAUGAAAUAAAUGAGUAGUAUUCGUAUUGCUGAAACUUUUGCAAUCCCAAACAUUAUAAGGCAGAUGUUGGGUCCUCGAAUGAUCAAUUUUAUGUAAAGGACGAGGAUGACUGUUUUCCUUAAAGCCUGAACCUGAGAGUGUAUAGCCCAAUUAGGCCCCUGUAUGGCAAAGCGGGCACGUUAAUAGUGUCGCAAAAGGACUGCAUGGUCGACUAAAUUGGGUCUUGGGAUUUGAGAAUCGCUCGCAGAUAACCUGCGAUAUUGCAACCAAUUGCAAUGCUUAUGUCUCCAAAUAUGUCUGUAUAGCUUUCCAAUUUUCUGUCUUACAUCCAUUCAUUGUAUUAGAUUCCGAUUAAAUAGUAUUCUGGCGUUUGUUAUAAAGUCCACAAAUGGUUUCAUGAACGUGGAUAAUACCGAGUUUCCAAAUGCCGUUUUAGAUCGUUUUAUCUACCAUGAUUUUGACAAAAUCAGAACUCGGCAGUAUGCAAUACUCUACUGGAUCAUCGACACAAGUAACUACAAGAUUUCAAAUGUGAGUUUAAAUGAAAAUCAUUGAGGGGUACUUAGGCAAAAUCAACUUCCAACUUCUAGACCAUCAAAAACACCGCUCCUCACAUACUUUUCUCCCAUUUUUACACGCUUCCUGAAUAAACAGAUUCCUGACUGGGUGGAAAAAUUAAGACUCCUUGAAUUAAGGCAAACAACCGACGUUUAAAAUGGAAUGCCAGCUACUCGUUGAAUGUCCGACCAUGGUGCAUUUUCGUUGAUAAUCAGUAGGGAGGCAUUGAGGCAAGAAGAGUAAAUAAGAUAUUGGGCUGUUUGUAGGAUGGGAUGUAGGACUGCAUAUGUAACAACGAAAUUGUCUCAAAAAUAUCAUUAUGAAGGCUAUUUCAUUCACGUUUUUGCAACCCAUAUAGUUCUACUGUGAAGAUGAUCAGGGCAUCCUUUGCUCUCUGAAUGACAGCGAAAACAAAUGCCGUAAGUCCGUAUCAAGAGCAAUAACUUUCAGUUUAUUAUUGAACCGAAAUGUCUUACAAUUUCUUUCAAAUGGUUCACAAAAAAUAUCACCCGAAUAAGUAUAGCGUUAAACAAACUUAGCCUGCCGAAACACGAUAUGCGUAAACCGUUAUUCUAAUAAUGUCCUUUAAAAUUAAAGCGAACUUAUAAUUUUUUUGCGCCUAAACGCAGUCCAUAUAUCGAAGGCAUUAGAGAAAUAGCUAAAGUUAUUUGUAUUCGCAUACAGUAAGACAAAUGCUCCUUACAGUUCAUCAUUGCAAUUAUUAACACUACAAAUAUCAACCUAAUUACAGAAGCCCAUUGAGGCGUAAAUUAACGCUUCAACAGCAGGGAUGUAUUCGUAUUUUCUAGGCAAAAUGAGCACGUCCACAGCCUUGAAAACUCUCAUUUGUCUUUUUAUAUACUGUUCUCUUGAAGAUCUCUAAAGUUUUGACGACGUCGCCAUCUACACACACAAAUUGGAACAUACUGCAGCAAAAUUGGAAUCUUUACAGUGUGUUCUCAACGACAAAUACAAAAGCAGGAAAUCGGUCAUUUGGGAUGGUAAGCGGUUCCCAUUUCUCUUAUGAAUUACAAUGUUUCGGAAAAGCAGGAAAUCGGUCAUUUGGGAUGGUAAGCGGUUCCCAUUUCUCUUAUGAAUUACAAUGUUUCGGACAUAGUCUACUGAUCAGAUUGAUUAUCCGAAGGCUUUGUGUAUUCGUCAAUCUCAGCAAUCGAAGAGAUGUCAUAUGCCUCCGAUGAAAGUAAUGUAAGCAUCCAUGUUCAGUGAUUGACUAAAACACAUUGUGACAAGACCUAUCUGAGCUAAAUAAAAACCUCCAAACGACCAUUUGCAGAAAUGCGCUUCUGCAUGGAACUGGGUGACUAGGAAUAUUAUUGUUUCAACGCCGACAUGGUUUUGGCAAUCACAAUCAAUGUAGGGCACUAAAAUGAGGAAGUCUUUGCGUUAUCUAAGACGGAAGAUUUUUAAAUGACGCAGAUUUACAGAGAGCUGAAGGCAGUACCAGCUCUAUCUUCUCUUAUCUGUGCCCACAGUGCAGCAGAAUACUGUGUGCAACAAAUGAACCUCGUUGUUGCACCUCGAGUUAGCCGGUAAACAUUUCCACUUAGUUUUAGUUGACUCAGUCCUAAGCCCGCCAUCACAGGUCAUUAUUUAAACCCUCCUGUAUUGAUCGUCGCGUUGUCAUCGCCCCCCCCUCUUAGUACCAAAUGUCUUGAAUUGAAAUAUGUCACGUGCACCAUCUUAGCGUGCUUGUCUGAUUAGUUAACACAACUUAAGACGACGCGCUCCGAAGUCAGCAUUCUAAAACCAUAAUGCCAACUCUUGAGACAGCAUGCUUGUGAGACUUGAAAAAUUAUAUUAUUAGAAUAGCAACCCAGCAGACGCAUGGCCUGGAAAAAAUAUGAACUGACGCCUGCCGGUAUUGCUGUUAAAAGCCUUUCCAUCUUAUCUGUCCAUAAAACGUUAAUCCAUGAAGUGCCUAUGACGAUGUGGUAGAGGUUGGCGGUUUACGUCCGUUCCAGGACACAUGUUUUCUCAUUACCGUGAAUUCAGCGUUUCGCAAAAAGUAUUAAGAAAACAAUCACAAUAUGUUUCAUUAGCGUGGCCUUUCGUGUUUGUGCACUAUGAUUAUAACUGUCUUUCAAGAGGAUCUUUCAUACUCCAGUAACCCUGUUUUGCGAGUCAAAAAUGAGGUAAUUUUUCGUUCUCGUUACUCGUUCGAUUUAAACAGCCUUACUUCAUCGUUUGACAAUUGUACUUAAAUGAGCAAAAAUAACAGUCAUUCCCAUGGCUGGAUUACCAUAAGAAUUUCAGAGCAAUUUGAUAGACAGUUGUUUUAGGUACCAGGUAAUGUUGUUCCGACGUAUUUCACAAUUCAUUCGACAAACCCAUAUGGCAUUUGAGUUAGAUUUCAUUGAAGUUGUAGAUAACGAGUCGAAAAUGUGGUAAUUCAAAUUACUCACAGUCGAUGAACCGUUUCGGGUGAGAAAUUCAACAAACAUUCGAUGCCAAUCAGAGCGGUCUUUACCAGGGCAGCAAAUACGCAUGGGAGCAGGUUAAUUUCCCGUCAAUUGUUAAGUACAGAUACCAACGAUCUGAAAUUUUUGGGUUUAUCCGAAAUUAUAAACGACAUGAAAUACGUAUCAUCACGAAAAGGCGAUAUUUUUGAUUUUCCUAUUUCUUCUUCCGACUUGAAUCGUUUGGUGGUUGAACAAAGUCUGCAAGUCCAAGUAUAAAUUAUGAAAAAUACGUAAUCCCCUUCUCACUGAGUAAAGGAGAUAGUAUUUUUAUGCAUGUUCUUUAUGAAAUAUGUCCGAAUAUACGAGAGCAUCGAGAAUCGAUAAAGGUCGUGCUUUUAAAAUUAACAUUUUUCACGAAGUAAAGUAUUUUCAGGCCGUCUAAACGAAGUUCUUUUGAGCUUUGCUAUCAUGAGGUAACCGCAUUAUUUUAAGAUUGUGCUGCUUGGUGAUUAAUAUUAUAGCCCUACUUAAGUCAUCUAUCCGAGAUGAAUAUAUAUUUAAAAUUUCGGCCAACAUUUUAUAAAUUGACACAUCUGCUGUAUAUUUGACGUUACUGCGAUAACUUUGCGCAAAAGGCGAUAUUUUUAUUUUCCUCUGUCUUUUUCUGACUAAACUUGAUUAGCAGUCAAACCUUUGCGGAAUUAAUGGGAAUUGUAUAGUCUUCUAAAUAACUUUUCGUCGUUUUUACUCACCGUUACUUAGUGCCAGUGGAUCGAAAAGAUGGGGUAUUAUCACCCUGUCUGAGAAUAUUUCGAUAUUUAAAACAUAUAUGGCGGAGGUUUGGUGCUGGAGCCCCACUUGAUUGAUACCAUAUGUUUAGCUUAAUAAAUAGUAUUAUUUAACAUACCUAACUUAGUUAUUCGUUGAAUCAGGAAGGGAAAGAGGGCGUAAGCAGAGCUCGGAGCGCACUGCAGGGAAGCGCGUGAAGGUGGCGUGUACACAUUCCCCUCUUCCGACACAGCCACUCGCUGGAAUAGUAGGGUAAGGAGGGCGCAAUCACAAGUGAAAAGCCUUAGAGGGAACCGCGUGUUAAUUCCCAAUGUAUGACCACUCUAGUGGAACUGACAGAGUUCUAUCCCGUUCGAACAAUGCCAUUAGCAAGCCCACUUAGCCACCAACUGGAUUAAGAUAAUAAAGAAGGCGCAGGCUGGGCUUGAAGCUCUGACAGAGAAGCGCAUAUGACUGAUUAACUGAUGUAAAGGAGGAUGGCGUAUAAGCGCACCACCGUUUGUGGCAAAGUUAUUUGUCGGCUUAAAAUGGUAAGGAGGGCGCAAACAUGUGAUAUUUGUAAGGUCAGCAUACUCGCAUAUACUAAAAAUUUUUUGGAAAGCUAACCACACGGUAUCAAUAAAGUGCAGCUACGGAGCCAAGCCUCGCCCAUAUUUGUGCUUUAAAUGAGCAUUAUGUCAAUUAUGCAGUCCUUUUCCCAUUCUGUUUUAUCCAUGAGGCACGAUAUUUUAGAGUAUAUUUGGGCACAUACGACUUUUGUUUUAGGAUGCUUUUCUUUAACGUUAAACCUGUCGUUCACAUUCAAAGACAUAUUUAAAAGUUUGGACAAGACAAAUCUCUCGUUUUAACCGAAUAAUAAAGUCAUAUUCGCAACUAGCAUGUAAGCUUCCCGUAAAGCAUCCUCCAUGUUUGCAAGCGACAGAUGAUACGAUGACCCCGCACGAAUUAAGUGCUCCAACACCGUCAAUGCUACGUAUGAGUUAGGAUAACCUUUUGUUUUCCACUCUUUUUAGACAACUAUUUCCCUCACAGUGAAAGGACACACCGACAUCAUUGACAGCCGUUCUUCAGAGCUUUAA